AAAAGUGGGAUGGUGAUGGUGUUUUUAACACCUUUAUACUAGAAAAGAGCAGAUGGCGCUCAUUCUCGAGGCACAAAUUCACGAGUCGUGAAUCAUCGUGAAUCACGACCCUUUGAGAACUGUUGAGAACAAGGGCAUGUCCAGUUUUUUCUACUAUCUGUAGUUACUGAUAUCAAUUUAUUAAUUUACAUACCAAUGUAUGUAUACACAUUAAAUAGGUCAUUACAUGUUUUUAUUAAACAUAAAUAACUACGAAUUAAAAUAUAUGUUUGCUUAUCAAUAAUUAAAUUAAUAAAUACGUGUUAUGUAGUAAAAAAUGUGAUAACCUAACACAACUGCUGCUUUUCUGUAAUUUUACAGUUUCAGUCCUUUUUAUGCACUAUUCUUUAUAAAACAGACCUUUUGGUGUUUUUAAAUUACUUCUAUAUAUUAAUUCAAUGUGUAAUUGAAUAUCGUAUAGAAAACAUCUUUUGCAAAUAGGAAAAUUCAAUCACAAUUUAAUGUAGUAACAUACUUGAUGAAAAGAACGAAAUGAUAUUUAUUUUAAAAAAGUGAUAGUAUAUCUAUAUACAAAGAGGGAGCAGAAAAGUCAUGUUUAAGAAAGUAAUAUACUUGAUAAAAAGCAAUCUUAAAAAUCGUAUUUAUCUAAUCUCACAUAGGCACCAAUACAUGAGAGAUAUGCUUAUCUGACAUACAAAUAAAAGUCUUAGUAUUUAUAAAUGUAAAAAUUAGAUGCAUGUGUCAAGAAAUGCUAUAUGUGAAACUAUGGAUCCUUUACCAAGAGUUUUACAUAAGCUAGUUUUGCCAGUACAUCCAAAUAUAGAUAUUUCUAAAUUAAUUCAUAAUUUAACAGGUUUAUCAAAUAAAAAUUUAGAAGAAGUUCAAUAUUUUAACUAUGAGGCAUAUAAUUUAGUUAUGAAUUUUAUAAAUCGACAAACACCACCAACUUGUUUUGUAGCAUACAAUGGAAAUAACUUUGAUUAUCCAAUAUUUUUAUCAGAACUUAAAAAUAUUAAUAAGGAUGUCAGUGGAGAUGUUCUCAGCAUUGACAUGCUUAAUCUAAUUAAAGAUUUUUUUUCACUGAAAGAAAGUGCAAUAGAAAAUAGAAAUUACAUACAAACCACUUCCUCUAUGUCUAAUAAAGAGGAUAUUAAGAGUUUGUUAAAUGAUGGUUAUGAUAAAGCAUUAUCUGAUGCAUUAGAUUCUGUUAUGAAUUCAAGUUUUAAGAAGUAUAAUAAGAAUAACCAUGAAAAUAAAGAAAGUAAUUCUAGUGCUGCCAAUAUACUUAAUACUCCAAAAACUAGUUGUUAUAAAAAAAUGCAGAAAAUGAAUGAGAAAACACCUGAAAGUCAAGUUAUAAAACCACAAGAUAUGGAUAAACAUUUGCACAAGAAAAGAGAAGAGAAGAGCAUUGCAAGAAGAAAAUUAUAUUUUACAAGUGAACAACCAGUUAAUUUUAAAUUGUCUAGCGUUUGUAAACAUAUUGUUGGAACUGAUCCGCAAAAUGCUCAUACUGCAGAAGGAGACUGCCUUAGUAUGAUACGUUGUGCAAUUCAAUUAGGGAACUAUUUUGUUGAAUGGGCAGAUAAUAAAGCAACACCUUUAAUUAACUAUGACAAAGAGAAAAAAUAACACAAUGUAUGUUA